AUGCCGCCUGCCAACAGAGUCAAAUGCCAUCCGUCAUGGAAGCAAACUGCUCCAAAUGUAUACACUCAGCCCUACGGCUUCCAAGAAGUUCUCUAUAACGCCAUCUCUGUGCCUCCCGGAUCACCGGGCCUUUUUCUUAUAGGCACGCACGUCACUUUCAACUACCAACCGUCCUCCCCGAGCAACAAGCUAACCCACGAUGACUUGGCCGCUCGACUCCGUCAAGCCUGGCUGCAAACGCGGCAGCAGUACCCAACUUUGGCGGCAGAAAACCGCCCUGAAGGGAAGACGUACACGUCGCCAUCUUCUAUGGACGAGCUCGAAGCCUGGCUUGCUACCACGUUCAUCGUGAUCCCAAAAAAGACCUCUGCCGAGCACUGGAAGACCAUGGUCAAGACAAGACAGAUGACUCUGUAUUAUUUUCCCGAAGAGAGCCAAUUGUUCAUCCAAGGUGAACACCACAUUCUGGAUGGGCGAGGCGCCAUGAACUUUUGGGAUCGGUUCUUCAAGAACCUCGCAUCGGUGUCGCAGCUGGAAGCGACCAUUCAGACAGAUGGCUCCGAAAUAUCCCGCCUCCCACCCCGAUCGGACGAUCUGCUCGACUUGACAGAGAAGAAGGCGGGCCGCGGGGAGGCGCGCGCGUUGGAGAUACUCGCGCCGCUCCUCACCAUGAGCGCGCCCAUUUACGUGCCCGUAGCGCAGCCCAUUGGCGCCUGCUCUCCACGCAACGCGGCGUUCGAGCUCAAGCUCAGUGCCCGCACCACGGCGUCCAUUGUCGCCGCGUGCAAGGCGCAGCGCUUGAGCGUCACGGCAGCCUGGCACGUUGCCGUGGUGCUGGCCACGCAGGCGGUACAGGCCCAGCGCAACGCCGCGUCCCAGCCCGGGAACGAGGCCCGCGCGGGCACGCAGUUUGCUGCUUUUGGCAACUUUGACUUGCGCCGCUACUUUCCCGCGGCGGUCGACGAGAGCCUAUCUGAUGUUCACGCUCUGAGCAACCACCACGGUGUGCUGCCGUACGUCUUUGAACCGGGCAACAAAACUUUUUCGCAGAUGGUGCAUGAGCUCGCUGCAUUCUAUCAGCAAGAUCUGCCCCAGGCAGAUGCCGAGAUAUGGAGCGCGCUGGGGCCCAUGAUCCGUAUGAUGGUUCCCGAGUUCACCAAGACGCCGCUCGAGGAGACAACGCCGGCUCUUUCGAGCUUGGGUGUGGUCGAUAGCUUCAUUGCGUCAUCUUACGCUGAUGCGGACGGCAAGGGGGUCUGGCACAUCAGGGAUGUAUGGUUCGGAGAUACGGUCACGGGUCCCUGGCUUGAAUGCUUCAUGUGGGCCUGGCAAGGGCGUUUGUCUAUGAACACCUGCUAUAAUCCGGCGUAUUAUUCGUACGCAGAGGUGGAUGAAUUUCUCCAGCUGGUGGGAGAGAAGUUGCUCGAGGGGCUUGGGAUUGGCGACCGGGAGCCUGGGUCAAAGCUGUGA